AUGAUGUCAGAAUGAGCGACGGUAAAAGAGAAAGGAAAACAUUCACCUAAUGAGCAGGAAUUAUUGAGCAGAGUAAAUUAUCACAAGCCUCAAUUCGCGGACGAGAUCAAAGUUAAAGGCGGAAUCUGGCUUGGAGUCCGUGAUGCCUGAGAUCUGAGCGCACCGUCACUCUCUUUCUCCGUCUCCGUGGUGUCUGACCUCUGACCCCCGAAAACGGUGUGUCACCAUGGCAACCAAAGCGGGGGACGACCCGGAGAGCCUGAUGUCCCUGUGCACCGUGUUUUGUCUGAAGAACCUCAGGAGAACCAUGUGCUACACGGGCGAAAAGAACAAACUGUGCCUGCGUCCCGACAUCUUCUUACCCAGCGAGAUCUGCGACAAGCUCGUUAACGUGUACAUGGAGCUGGUGCACACAGACAGUGAGUUUGAGCCUCAGGAAGGUUUCUUUCAGCUCUUCAGUGACCCACACAGCACCCGCCUGAGCCGACUGCACCUCAAAGAGGACGUCGUACGGGACCGUGACCUCGAGGCCAUCGGGAAACAGGAUCUGAUGGAGCUCCAUCUGACGUGCUGUAAUCACCUGAGCGUCCGAAGCCUUCGGACUCUGCGCAACUUUCACCCCUCACUCGUGUCCCUCAGCCUCUUUGGCUGCUCCAGCAUUUUCUCCAGCAAGUCCUCUCCCGAGGAUGACGAUGAUGAUGAAGAGGAUGAGGAUGAAGGGCUGUGUGACGGCACUGACUUCUCAUUCCAGGGCUUCAGGAGGCUGUGCAUGUUGAACGUUGGCAGUCUGCAUCUGCCCAAGGAAGUGGACCCUGAAGCUCUGCUGAAGCCUCUGGACAAUCUCAGAGCUUUGGACUUGUCCUCAACGUACCUGCCCCGCCCCGCCUUCCUGGCGCAGUGGAGGGAGCAGCUGACCUCGCUGGUGCUUUACAACGUGGACUUGAACGAGGAGCUCAUCACCACCGUCUUGCACAUGAGCCGACUGAGGCACUUAGAUAUCUCGCGUGAAAGUCAGCGCUCCUCCAAGUUCAAGCUAACGAGGAAGGUCCUGACAAACAUCAUACAGAUUUUAGGGAACCUCGUCUCCCUGGACAUCUCGGGACAUAUCAUGCUGGACAACUGCACCGUGCCGUACAUCGAGGAGGCCAUGGGACCGCCCAGCAUCGAGCCGUGUAAGAGCAGUAUUUUCCCGUUCCAGGGGUUGAAGAGGCCUCUGCAGUUUUUGGGUCUUUAUAACACUACACUGUGUAACGUCACACACAUCCCAGCGUUUAAGGUGACAGGCUCUAAGAAUGAGGAGCAGGUGCUGAAUGCUAUCGAAGCUUACACUGAACAUCGUCCUGAGCUAGCACACAGAGCCAUCAACCAACUGUUCGACUUCGUCCGUAUACAGCAAUGCAACAACUUGGUCCGAGCAGUGCAGUUAGUGAUAGCAGCUCUGAAGUGUCAUAAGUAUGAUAAAAGUAUCCAAGUGACGGGAAGCGCUGCUCUCUUCUACCUGACCAGUUCAGAGUACCGGGGUUUUCAGAGUGUGAAGAUGCGCAGGCAGGUCAUCGAGGUCGUACUUAACGGCAUGGAGCAGUACCAGGAGGUCACGGUUCAGAGGAACUGCUGUCUGACUCUGUGCAAUUUCAACAUUCCUGAUGAGUUGGAGUUCCAGUAUCACCGCGUCAACAUGCUCCUUUUGAAGAUCCUGGAGCCAGCACGUCAGGACGAGUCCAUCCAGCGCAUCGCCGUGCACCUCUGCAACGCCCUCGUCUGUCAGGUCGACAACGAUCACAAAGAGGCUGUUGGCAAGAUGGGCUUUGUUAAGACCAUGUUGAAUUUAAUACAGAAGAAGCUGCACGACAAACUGUGUGAUCAGGUGAUGGAGUUCUCAUGGAGUGCGUUGUGGAACAUCACAGAUGAAACGCCGGAUAACUGCCAGAUGUUCCUCAACUGCAGCGGCAUGAAACUGUUCCUGGAUUGCUUAAAGGAAUUUCCAGAUAAGCAGGAGCUGCACCGUAACAUGCUGGGGCUGCUGGGUAACGUGGCCGAGGUGAAAGAGCUCAGACCUCAGCUUCUCACCAGCCAGUUCAUCACCGUCUUCAGUAACCUGUUGGAGAGCAAAGCGGACGGGAUCGAGGUGUCGUAUAACGCCUGUGGAGUUCUCUCUCACAUCAUGUUCGACGGUCCUGACGUGUGGACUGUGGAGAACCCUAAACGAGAGAUGGUCAUGGACAAAAUGUGGGACGCCAUCCAGAGCUGGGACGUCACCUCGCGCCGAAACAUUAACUACAGGUCGUUUGAGCCUAUUCUGCGUCUCCUCCCUCAGGGUAUAUCACCUGUCAGUCAGCACUGGGCCACCUGGGCUCUUUACAACCUGGUUUCUGUGUAUCCGAACAAAUACUGUCCAUUAUUAGUAAAAGAAGGAGGUAUUGCAUUGUUAAAGAGACUUCUUGAACUGGAGUCUUCUCAUCUGGACACAAAGACCAUGGCACGCAAGGUGAUGGAGCAGUGUGAGACCUUUAAGGAGGAUCCGAUGGACACCAGCAGGUAAGCGGUAAAGAGCAGGAGAUCUCCAGCGGCAGCGUCCGGUCCACCUUUAGACUCUCAGCGGGACGCCGCGGCUACAGGAGGCUAAUGAAGCUAGCGCACCACAACCCACUCCCAAUUUGUUCCACUUCAUUCAGGAUUUCUCAGUCUCCUCUCUACUGUAUGCGUGCGUGUGUGUGUGUGUGUGUGUGUGCGCGUGCGUGUGUGUGUAUGUCUGUUGGACUCGGAGGAUCAGGACAGGCACUUAUCCCUGAGUACACACUUCUGUGAAAAUAAAAAUGACACUACACACAAGGGAGAUGGCUCACAGGAGUGUGUGUGUGUGUGUGUGUGUGUGUGUGUGUGUGUGUGUGUGUGUGUGUAACUUUUUCAUAUUUUCUUUUGCACUCAAUGAACAGUGUUCAUAUCAUCCCUUUUAAUUUUUGAGUGUUUUGUUAUCAGGUCUACUGGUUAAUGUGUGUGUGUGUGUGUGUGUGUGUGUGUGUGUGUGUGUGUUAUAAAGAAGAAAGUUCUCAUUUUUGGGAGCACAAAACAAGGACAGAACAAAAUGCUGCCUUUCACUGUGUGUGUGUGUGUGUGUGUGUGUGUGUGUGUGUGUGUGUGUGUGUGUGUGUGAAAGAGAUACCACACUUUUGAAUGUCUGUGAACAGCUUAGGGCUUGAACAUGCACACAUACACACAUUCCUCCUUGUACACAAGACUGCCUUUUUGUGUUUUUAUGACACUCCGGUGACACUCGCACUCUGGCUUUGUAAAAAAAAAAAAAAAGAGUUUAAUCCAAGUUCGAGCGUGGGAGUGCCGUUAAUCACGCUUUAUUUUCACUUUAACAUCCACAAUUUAUUUUCCUUUUAAAUCUUGUAUGAAAGGAUCUGUGUGUGUGUGUGUGUGUGUGUGUGUGUGGAUAAAUCUAUUUUCUGUAUAAAUGACCCGUUAAAUCCAUAUUGCUUCACAUUUUAUUAAAUCAAUCAUGGGUCCGGGAUUUCUCUCCACUUUCUCCACCUUGAAGCGUCGUGAGACAAGGCCGAGCGUCCAGCAUCAGGGCGCGUCUCUGUCUUCUCAUCUAUAACACAAAGCGUUUUGUAAUUUUUCAGUUCUCAAAGUAAAGUCCGGGGAACCUCAGGGCUCUGAGAUGCAAAGCUAAGCUGGUCUGAGAUUGUUUUUAACGUUUGUGUUUGUUUUUAGCUAAAAAAAAAAAAAAAAAAGGUACUCUAUUUAUAAUUUUUUGUCUUUUCGGUUGAAAUGAAUUUAAUUUAAUUUGACUCAAAUCCAGUUGUCAUGAACAAGACUUCCUACAAACAUGUCAUGUUCAUGUCUCACAAAACUGUAUAAAGGAAUAAGUGUGUGUGUGUGCGCGUGUGUGUGUGCGUGUGUGUGUGUGUGUGUGUGUGUGUAUGGAUGGAAGUGUCAGGAAUGCACAGCUCUGUGGUUCAAGAAAAACAGCCAACAAAGAUUACUGUACACAUUUACAUAACGGGCUUGAUUUAAUUAAUAAAAAAAUAAAUCUGUA